AUAACUCUUGAAACAACAAGCUUUUUUAUAAUUCUUGAAGCAAUUAUAACUCAAUAACUCUUAAAAUAGUUACAACUCUUGAAAAAGCGAAAUAACCCAAACAAAACAUUUUUUCAAAUAACGCUACAGAAUUCGUCAAAUGAAAAUGUCAGAGGAUUCUGCAAUCGCCACACGAAAGCGUUCUCAUCCAAGUACAAGCCCAAUUAAACGACUGUACUCUGUAGUCACUAUGAAUGAAAAUGGAGUGGCUAAGAAGUGCAUAGUGCCUUUGCAUUGGGUAAAUGAAGUAGAUCAAAUAGUUUAUUGGCCACCACAAGGGAAAAAACCGAUUCACUACUACACAAGCAAGUGGUUAACACCAGAUCUAUCGUGGCAAGUAUUUGAAUUAGUAAAAAUAUCGCUAGAAAAAGGUACUCGAGAAAUGUGUAAUGACUGCAUGUUUCUUGAUUCAGAAUUGUUGCAUAGUGAUUUUGCAGAACCUGGCAAUGUUCAGACAUCUAACCCACAUCGAGAAAGUCCUGACAUUAUGGUUGAAAUAGUGCAGAGUUGGGUUGGGCGUUCACCAAAACAUGUAGUAGCGCUUGACUUUUCCUCUGGAUCUGGAUCUGGAUCUGGAUCUGGAUCUGGAUCUGGAUCUGGAUAUCAGUAA